CAGCAAUCUUUAACAAAAUCAUAAUGCUACCGCGUCUUCUUACACAACGCUUUCGAAGUUUUUUUUUUCCAAAAUACAUCGUCAUCACCCGCAGCAGGUUCCGAUAUUUCAGUAUAGCACGUCCUGAAGUUGUAUCUGCGGACCCUUCGGCAGCGCCUCGGUCUCCAUACAAACAUGUCCACGUUAACGCAGAGGGCAUCGAAGUUGAACUAGCAUUUGUUGAGGAGCCGUUAGCAAUUCCUGCCCAGCAAGGGCAUGACUAUCUUCGUGUCGAAUUCACCGGGUCAAUAGAUCCAGAGAACUGCUUCAAAAAUCACCCGCAAGCUCGGGUGGGGCAUGAACUCCAGUAUCUGGAUGGCGUUCGAUGAGACAAAUAUGUCCCGGUCAAAGCUUUGAAAGGAUAUUCAACUGGUCUGGCCGAACGAGGCAUAAUGUUGGAGCUACCUGCCCUCGAACGCUCAACUCUUGCAUCUCCGCCAUCCGACCUCACGUCCAGUUACUGCCUUCAUCUUCUCGCUUUUUCCAAACAACCUGGCAAAGAUCGAGAUGGGAACUAUCUAUGCUUCGUCACGGACAUUUUGGGGGAGACGUCAAAUCACUCCAGAAGGAGGUGGCUCGUGGAGAAGGCUUGCCUCUACCUCUUGUAAAGCACAUCAUGUCGCACACUUUGUGUGGUCUCGCGCGUAUGCACGAACUUGAGAUAGUGCAUACGGAUCUCGAGCAGGGCAAUAUCAUCUUUGAUAUGGGUUCGCUCACACAGGCUGAUAUUGCAGUCUUCAUCGAAGCGAAUCCAGCUCGACGCCACCCUCCAGAACAGUGCUUGAGUUGUGUUGUCCAGGCCGCCGUCUCUCAACCCUUACCGCUACCUUCGCUUGCUGAGGCCAUGACACACAAUUACAUCGUUGCAGACUUCGGCAGCGAUGAGGAACAGUUUGUGAUCAUAUGAUAGAGUUCUUGAUUCUAAAACAGUUAUGAUCGGCCGGCAGGAACGGCGGACUGAUGGGGGUACGCCUCACAUCAGGGCAUUCGUGCAUCCAGAGAUGACAGGGACACUGGGGGUUCCCUAGACUAGAACGAAUG